GAUCAUCUUUCCUUCAUAGACGAUCUGGGCCUCGGGAAGGUAGUGAGACUUGGUCAACUUGUAGCGGACAGGAAGUGACUUCUUUUCGGUCAAACCUUGACAAGUGGACGGCUUCUUUAUCCACAAACGCUGACCUGGGUGAAUUUUACUGGGAUUGAAGCAACACUAUAAACCACCCACCCAUCCGUCACCAUCGGUAUGUGUUUCCCUUGAGAGUGACUGCGGAGGCGAUGUCAGACGUGUAAUCUAGCCGGUGGACAGCAGGAGGUGCCAUGGCAGAGCUGCCAAUCGCGCCAGGACAGGUCUACAUCGAGGUGGAGUAUGACUACGAGUACAAGUCCAAAGACCGACUGGUCACCAUCCACCAGGGAGAAUGCUACAUGCUGGUACAGAAGACCAACGAAGACUGGUGGAAGGUGCGUCGGGAGGAGGGGAGCAAAGCCUUUUACGUGCCCGCCCAAUAUGUUAGGGAGGUACGCAAAGCCCUCAUGCCGCCCCCCAAGCCUUUACCGCACCACCCUGUUUCUGCCGGUAACACCCCGCCUCGUCACCCCGUUUCCGCCCAGAAUACACCGCCUCAUAACCCCGUUUCCGCAAGGAACACUCCACCUCAGAACACUGGUGCUGUCGGGGUAAAACCAGCCAAUCUGGAACUGGCACUCCAGGACUCCUCCACAGAGAACCUAGACAGAUUGGAGUCCAACCCUGUGCACUCUCCCUCUGUUCAUUCUUCCUCGUCCCUACAUUUAACACCGCCCAUACAGAGGCAGGACAGUAACGACCACCGUCACCAGCAUGUCCCCGGCACCCCUACUGGACCAGAGCAAUUACUAGCCGAACUCCUGCCCCAGAGCACCGGACCUCUGCCUUCCCAACGAAGCAGCACACUGCCCCGCGCCCGGGCCCGAUCUCCAGAGUUGGUCCGCGGCCCGCUGGAUGUGGACAGCCUGUCACACUCCGGCGAGGAACGGUACACCAACGACUCUGAGUCUGGAGACGAGUUGAGCAGCAGUUCUACUGAACAACUCCAGAGCGUUUCUUCGUUGGGCCGCAGACGCCAGGACUCACCCGUGUACAGCAACCUGCAGGAGCUGAAGAUCACCCAGUCGGCUGCGCCCCCUCUCCCUGCCGGCGUCCCCCACCAGGUUCUGGGCGACUGGGAGACAUACAAAGACCAGCAUGGCCGUCUCUUUUACUACAACCGCUGCAGCCAGGAGCGGACUUGGAAGCCGCCCCGAGCCCGGGAUGCCAGCGGGUCCCACGGAGACAACGCCAGCACAGGAGAAAGCGCCGAGAGCACUCCCCUGUCACUUUCGCCGUCUUUGUUCCCCUUCCUGUCACUGUCAGUGGGCCGCCUGGGGCCUCUGUGCUCGGCGGACGCGUGUUUCAGCACCUACUCCAGCUUGUCCGACAGCCAGUACGGCUCACCUCCUCGUGGGUGGUCGGAAGGGAUGGACAAGUCUGGCCACACACUGUAUGUCAGCGACUAUACUAACGAGAAGUGGUUAAAACACGUGGACGAGCAGGGUCGGCCAUAUUACUACAGUGCAGAUGGCUCCAGGUCUGAAUGGGAGCUGCCAAAGUACAACCAUUCCCCGCCACAACACCUCACAGAUCCCACCAAGACUCGCAGUCUUGAUAGGAAACACGUGGAUCCCAUCGUCCUGACCAAGUGGAGACACAGCGCUUUCAUCCAAGAGCCCAAUGACAAGGACGCACCUCUGAGCCCCAAGUCCCCCUCAUCCGACCCUGACUCCAGCCCCUCUUCUCCUAAGCGCCCCGGCUCUCCCUCAGAGAUGUGUGGUAUGCUCAAUGUGACAAAGAUCACAGAGAAUGGCAAGAAAGUUCGUAAAAACUGGACUUCCUCCUGGACCGUCGUACAAGGCUCCACGCUGCUCUUCAACAAAGGCCAUGGAGGCGGGACUAGCUGGUUUGGCGGCGGUCAAUCCAAACCGGAGUUAACGGUGGACCUGAAGGGCGGCUCGGUGGACUGGGCCUCCAAGGACAAAUCCAGCAAGAAGCAUGUCAUAGAGCUGAAGACCCGGCAGGGCACAGAACUCCUGAUCCAGUCGGAAAACGACGUAAACGAGUGGUACCGAGCGCUAAAGGACACCGUCGGUAGUCCGGCAUGUGAGUCAGAUGAAGCCAUAGAAGAAGACUUGCCGGAGUCAGCGGGAGCAGAGAUCCAAGACAGGGAGAAAGAACGCAGAGACUCCAAGAAAGGCAGACCCAUAAAGACGUCGAGCAGCGUUGACGGGGCCGACAACAAGAAGACCAAACACAAGCUGAAAAAGUUUCUGAUGCGACGGCCCACCCUGCAGGCUGUCAGAGACAAAGGAUACAUCAAAGAUCAGGUUUUUGGAGGCAGCCUGGCCAGCCUGUGCCAGAGGGAGAACAGCACGGUGCCCUCCUUUGUCAAGAUGUGCAUGGACCACGUGGAAAGGAACGGUUUACACAUCCACGGCCUCUACAGAGUCAGUGGGAACUUGGCCCUCAUCCAGAAGCUGCGCUAUGCUGUUAAUCACGAUGAGAAGGUGAGCCUGGCCGACGGCAAGUGGGAGGACAUCCACGUGACGACCGGAGCCCUGAAGCUGUUCUUCAGGGAGCUUCCUGAGCCGCUAUUCACGUUCUCACUCUUCCACGACUUUGUCAGCUCCAUCAAGAAUCCAGACUAUAAGCAGCGGGUCCACGCCAUUAAAGAACUCGUCCGACAGCUACCCGAGCCCAACCACGACACCAUGCAGGCCCUCUUCAAACACCUACGCAAAGUGAUCGAGCAUGGUGAAGAGAACCGCAUGACCAACCAGAGCGUAGCCAUCGUGUUCGGCCCCACAUUGCUGAGGCCUGAGACCGACACGUGGAACAUGGCGGUCCACAUGGUCUACCAGAACCAGAUCGUGGAGCUCAUCCUGCUGGAGUACGACAACCUCUUCGGCAGGUAGAGGGCGACGGGGAGCGCUGACCAUCCGCCGCGAUCAAAAUCACUCUUUGCACUUUGGACUAGCUUUGCUUUACUUUUUCCAACACUGGAUUUAAAUUAAGGGACCAAAAAAACCUGCUGAGACCAAGACAAAUCCUCGUUGUGGAGGAUCCAAGAUGAACUUUUAAAGGAACAAAAAGGGAACAUGGUUUAUUUACUGGAAUUUUCACCCAAUGGAGUUACCGCCAAAUUAAAUACAUGUCAAGCCAAUUAAAGACAUCAUUAAAAUAGAAAUGGAUCCAUUAAAUUGUGCAGCAAUUGAUUCAUACUAUUGUGAAAUGUCGUUUUUAUCAUGACCACUUUAUUAUUGUUGUUUUUAUUAUUAUUACUAUAAGUAGGAGUAGUCGUUUUUUUUUAUUACUAUUGUUGUAUGGCAUUUACUGGAUAGCAGUUUGCCAUUUUGACAUGUAUUUAACAGGUUUUUAAAAAUGAAAAACAUAUAUAUAUUUUAGAGUCUGAUGAUCCGAUUGGUUGCACUUUAGUAUGUAGGCAUCCUAAAAAUAAAAGCCCACUCAGACUAUGUCCUUAAAUAUUUACAGUAAAUAAAAAUAUGUUAAUAAAAAGAUGCAAUGAAAUAAUAAAACUCCCAUAAAAUAAUAAAAUGUCAUGAAAUAAAAAUAGAUUAUAUAAAAAAAGCCAUGAAAUAUCAUAGGAGAAAAUCAGUUAACUGAAAAUGCCAUUAAAUUACAUUAAAUAGGAAUAAAAACAGCCAUGAGAUUAUUCGAAAUUCUAGUAGCUGAGUAAAAAUGUAAUUAAAUAAAAAGAUGUAAUGAAAUAAUAAAAAUGCCAUAAAAUCAAUUAAAAUAUAAUGAAAUGAAAAUUGAUUAAAUAAAAUGGCCUGUCAAUGAAAAUGUCACUGAUUUAAAUAAUUAACAUUUCCUUAUUGAUACAAGUCUUUUUAAAUAAAAAAAAAUCAUUAAAACAAAAUGAAUAAUGUGAAAUAAAAAUCGAUGAAAUAAAAAUCCCAUAAAAUGUCAUAGAAUACAAAUUUAUUAAAUUGAAAAUCCAUUAAAUUAUUCAAAAUGUAAUUAAAAGUAAAACAAAAAAAGUCUUGUUGCCAGUGCCAUCAUUUCACAAUUUAAAUGCGUUAAUAAUUUUCUAUUUAAUUGGCUUUGUUUGUGUUUAAUUUUGUACACACAAAAACAUUCCACAUCAUUCAUCUCUUUAUUAUUUUCUGUUUCUAAUCGACAGCUAUCAAUGAAUUGUCUUUCACAUGUUUGCCUGACUCGUCCAUUUCACCUUUAAAACACUUCUCCGAAUUCUGUGUACAGCUUUUGUGUGUAUGUGUGUGUGUGUGACGGGGAUUUCAAAGUUGUACUGUACAGAAUUUAAAUAUAAAUACAUAAGAAUAAUUAAUAAAGCCUUAGAGUGUUUAAAAAAAUAAAAAAUGGGGCCAGACCAAUAAAGCAACUGUUGUGAUUGAGCUAGCACAUCAAUGUUUUAGCUGCCUGGUCAACAGAUGAUUGUGACAUCAUUAAAUAUGACAUCCUUAAAUGUGUCAUUCAUUAUUAAUCAUGUCAUCUCUAAGUGCUGCUGGCUCUGUCAAACUGCAAUAAAAGACCUCUGAUGACA